AUGCGAUCCCUUUUUCCGGUAGUGCUCGGUGCACUAGGCUUGAUCUUUGUCGAUGGUGUUGUUGCCCAAGAUCCACCCGCUUGUGUGUCGACUUGCGCGAAUCAAGUGAGAAGUGAAUUCACACAGUUCUCCUGUACCAGUGCAGAUGAUGCUGCCUGUUUGUGCGCAAAUGCCAAUUUUGGAUUUGGCGUGCGAGACUGUGGUCAGACUGGCUGCGGUGCUACCGACACCCAGGUUCAGUCUUUUCUAGCUGGGUCGUUUUGUCAGGGCCAACAACUGGCAUUCUCUGCUACCGGCGCCUCAGCUCCCCCAACUUCGGGCGUAUCAUCAACUCCAGCUGCAACAGCACCAACAGAUGCCACGACUCCAGCACCAACAGCUCCAGCCACCAGCGCUUCGAUCCCGGCUUCAUCGAUUCCCCCGACUUCAGUGCAGCCCACAGGUCCGCCAACGACAGCACCACCAGCCUCAACAGGGGCUCCGACCUCAUCUCCGCCAACAUCAACUGCCCCUCCUCCAAUUACCUCCGGCGUACAUUCGGGCACAUUUCCGUUUUCUAAUUCGACUUCGUCUGCUGCCCCUUCCACCACCGUCCCGGCCACUUCUGCCUCCUCUACCCCCACUUCUAGCGAGACGGCCGCAGCAGCUCCUGCUGGUGGCUCAGGAUUAUCUCAGGGUGCGGCCAUUGGUAUCGGAGUCGGAGUUGCGGGUGGCGUGGUUGCAAUUGCCUUUGCUGCUGUCUUCAUGUUCCUCAGAAACCGCAACAGGCCCUCUGCCUCUUUUGAUAUAUCCCAACCCCCUUCCAAUUCGGGAUCUGGACAAGGCGCUUUCGAAAAGUACUCGAAUGAUAUCGAAAUGACGUCCAACCGGUACGAAGAUAUGGUGCCUCGACAGCAGCCAAGGGUGAUGGUAUGA